UUGAAAUUGACAUUUAUCGUUGACCGUUGUUGGCUAUGGCAACGUACUUGCAGAAAUAAAUUUUUGCUUUGAACAACUAAAUUUUAACUUUAUUUUGAUAUAACAGGCACAUAUUUUACAAUAAAAUGCGCAGAUCAAGAAGUUUUUCGAAUAUUCCACUGCCCACGUCUAGAAGAAAUCUUUCAAAUGAUAAUUUGAGUGUACGUUCUUCUCAACAAGAUGUGAGAACGUCUCAACUAGGUGUGAGGACGUCUCAACAAGGUGUGAGGACGUCUCAACAAGGUUUGAGGACGUCUCAACAAGGUUUGAGGAGAUCUGUUAGCUCUAAUAAUCUCUUUUUGGCAACAAGAUCAGCUGUUACUGUUGACUCAAGAGAAAAUAAUGAUAUACUUGGGUCAACUAAUAAAAAUGCUAGUAGAAGGAUUACUGCAACUCCUUUACGUUCCAUAGGAUCUUCUAGUGUAUGUCGUAGAAUCAAUGCUACUCCUCUCUCUCACUGUAAAGUGGCUGCUUCUCCAGCUCCUCUUCUCACUACUAAUUUAAUAAAUGACAAAAAGUUUAGUUCUGAUCAAUUAAGAAAGAUUUCUACUUUUCUUGAGGAGAAAUGGGAAGUAUUCGAUCCAAAGUCUCUGAAGCCUCUAUCUCUAGGAAGUUUUGUACAAAUAAUUUCUCUGCUUUUCAAAGAAAUAGACCCUAGGAUUAAAAUCAAUAUGCAAAAUUAUAAGGAAGUUGUGUUUAAAUAUUUGAAACUAUACAAAUAUCCGGGUCCUGUUACAAUGUCCUUGCUCAAAUCAGUCAAUACUAAUAUCUCUUGGACACAGGUAAUGUCUAUUUUUGGUUGGUUGGUUGACCUGAUCGGAGAGAUGACGAGUUUACCCAAUGAGUAUCUUUUGCGUAAAUAUAUACUUCAUAAUGCCAAAGAGUGCCAAUCAGGAAAUGAAAAUAAGGAAUUGUACAUAGAAUAUAUUGAGGAAUAUUUAAAUUUUGAUAAAAGUGAAGCUGAUACGCUAGAAAAUGAAUUCGAAAUAUUGAGGCAAGAAGCAGAAAUCAAAAGGAAUGUCAUAGAUGAACAGAAGAAAAUAAAAGUUUCUUUGUUGGAAAACCUGGAACGCAUGAAGUCAGAAAUCAAGGAAUUCAAAGAGAAUAAUAUUGAAGCUGAAAUUGAGAAUGAAACUAGAAUAUUACAAUCAGAGAACAAAAUGCUAGCAAAAGAAAUUGAUGAUUUGAAGCAAUCUAUUUAUGAAAUACAACAAACAAUUUCUAAUCAAAAAUAUUCAUUGACGGAUAAACAAGAGCUGUUGAAAAAGUUUGAAGAUAAAAAGUAUUCUGUAUCUCUAAGGAAAGAGGAGCUACAAAAUUUGUUGAUGUUAAAAGACGAUUUUGACUACAAACAAACAAAUUUCAGAAGACAGAUUGAAAAAGAAAUCCAUGAGAUCAACGGCAGACUUGUAGAACUCAACCUAUCGAAUUUUAUUGAUGCCAGAAUAAUUCGUUUACCAGAUUCUGGAAUGGGUCAACCAAAAUUUGCAGAGGAAAUUGAACAGAAAAAACAGUUAUUGAUAGAUAUUGCUAAGAAGAUUGAUUUUAAGUUUGAGGAAUCAAAAAAGACUUUAGCAAUGAAAGAGAAAGAAUUUGGUCAGUUAUGUGAUGAAGUUGAAAAAUUUAAAUCAAGUAAUGAUACCCUAAAGCAAAAAAUAGAGAAGAGUACUGUUGAUAUAAAUCGGGUCAUGUUCGAAUGUGAUGAAUACAGGAAACAACAAGAAAAAAAAAAUAAGAAUAUGACGAAGAUUGUUACUGAUAUUGAGGCUGUUAAAGAGGAAAGAAACAAAAUAGUAGAAGAGCUUUUAUUUUUGAAAGGAGAAAACGAUAAACUUAAUAAAUUUGUACUCAAAGUAUCCAAAGAUUUUUAUACACAAGCAUUAAACAAUGUAACUCAAAUGCAAGAGAUCAAGACCAAUUUAGCAGAAAAAUCAUUGAAAGCUUAUGAAAAAAUGGUUUAUAAAAAAAGAGAGUUUGUUCGAAUGUUGUACGAAAAUAUUAACAACUAAAAAAGUUGUAAUUGUUAUUGUUUCGAUAUAUAUCUAAUUUAUUAAUUUUUUUUAUAGUGAAUGAGUUAUGUUAAUUGAUUUAUUUUUUGGUAAAUAGAAA